CACAGCUCUGGAGUGAAGGUUCCCACAUCAAGAGCAGCAUCACAAUGCAGCACGAAUGUACAUUUGUGGUGGUUGCCUGCUUCCUGUGCUUAUCCAGCAAUGCCUUCCAAAGGAUUUCACUCAAGAAAAUGCCCUCAAUCCGACAGACCAUGCAGGAGAUGGGUGUGAAAGCAUCCGAAGUCUUCUUGUCACUGAAGCAUGCUGAACACUCUGUUGGCAUGGGGCCCCAUAACAAAACAGCACCUACCAUCCUUACCAACUACCAGGAUGUGCAGUAUUAUGGUGAAAUCCUAAUUGGUACACCAGCCCAAACCUUCAAAGUAGUCUUUGAUACUGGUUCUGCAAACCUUUGGGUGCCAUCAUACAAAUGCUCUCCAUUGUUCAGUGCUUGUGUUUCACACAACCGCUAUGACUCCUCAGUAUCAAGCACAUACCUUGAAAAUGGAACCAAAAUUGCAAUCCAAUAUGGACAAGGAAACAUGAGGGGUUUCCUUAGCCAGGACAUUGUCACAGUUGCUAAUAUUCCUGUUUUCCAAGAGUUUGCAGAAGCCACAGCACUAACCAACGAUCCCUUCAUCUAUGCCAAGUUCGAUGGGGUGCUUGGUAUGGGAUAUCCCAGCCAAGCCAUAGAUGGUGUUAUUCCAGUGUUUGACCGGAUUAUCUCUCAGAAGAUCCUGAAGGAGGAAGUGUUCUCUGUCUACUACAGCAGAAAUUCUCAGUCAAACACUGGGGGAGAAAUCAUCCUCGGGGGCAGCGACCCCUCUUACUAUACAGGGAACUUCCAGUAUCACAGAAUUAGCAGGAAAGGUUACUGGCACAUUGACCUUCAAGGGGUAGUUGUAGGAGGGGAAAUGUUGUUCUGUCAAGAUGGUUGUACAGCAGCUAUAGACACUGGGACUUCCUUUAUUACUGGUCCUGCUAGUUCCGUGUCGGUCUUGAUGAAAGCCAUUGGAGCUACCUUGAUUUCAGAAAAAGAUGCACACCCUAUACACUCAGUGGUUCUGCCUAUGUCCUCCAGCAUUCGAGUUAUGGGAGUGGUCUAUGUGUUGUGGCUUUCUCAGCUUUUGACAUCCCUCCUCCACUGGGCCCCCUGUGGGUUCUGGGUGCCAGUUUCAUUGGAGAGUACUACACUGAAUUUGACCGGAAACACCACCGGAUUGGUUUUGCCAAAUCCCUCUGACACUAGGAGAAUCCAAAUUUGGAUCAUGUUGUAUGUAGAGGACAGACUAUUUAAAACUGUGAAAGAUGAUAGCUUAAUAAUAUAUUGCUGCAAAUCCAUGAAGACAUUGUGUCAAUAUGUGUGUAAAACCUUUUGCAUUAUUUUGUUACAUAAGCAAUGAUAAUAUCUUGUCACAGAAUCCUCAGAUUUCACUGUCCUCUUUCCCUGUUAUCAACUGAACUCAGAUAGUUGAAAAGUUAUACACCCUUUAAUCUGAUAAAUUCUGUCCUGCAAAACAGAAUGUCUACUGAAUACUUUUCACUUUUCUAGCAGAGUAUGUUGCCAAGAAGUGGUCAUCUUCUGUGACAUGUUAAUAAUUGCCCUGGAUUUUUAUAGUUAUUCACAUCAAUACAAAAGCUUCAGGGUGGGGUUAGCACUACAUACCACACUGUCUUACUGGUAUCCAGCUGUGGUACUGUAAGGCUAGAUACUGACUGCCAACAGAUACUGACCCCUCCAAAAAAAAUAUUUGAAAGGUGAUUAUAUCUAUAUUUAUGAAAGUUGUUCAACCUAGCCAUCAGGCUUUCUCCUAAAUGACCUGGGAAAUUACAGUUUUGUGAGAGUGCUGGUAAAAGAGAUACCGUUUCACAUCACUACAAUUUUCAGAGUCCUUGACCUGUUACAUGUCCCAGGUGGAUUCCGCACAGCAUAAAUAUAACAUCUUUAGGACAUUAUAAAAAGUUCUCUUCCCCAAAAUAACUUCAGCCCAUUUUAUUUCUCUCAACCCAGAUUUUUCAAAAAUUGCUAAACUAGCAAUCUCCCCUCCCCACCAGGACAUUUCCUACCUGCUGAGCGAACCCAAAGCAGGCAGGAAACACCUUUUCUCCUGCUCAAA